AUGCCAACACCCGACGAUAAGCCGAAGGCCGACCCGCCUUCCGGCCCUGCCCCGCCAGGGAAGAAAGGGAAAGCCGAAGAAGAUCCGGAUGCCGAACUGUCCGAGGAGGACCGCGCCUUGAAGGAGCGUCUCCAGCUAAUGGUUUUACGCACCAUGGACCACGAUGAAGGCGUCCAGAAGCUCGCUUUAGAGACGAUCCGCUCUGAGAUCCGCUCCGCGACUUCCUCUAUGACCUCUGUCCCGAAGCCGCUCAAGUUCCUACGCCCGCAUUUCGGUCCCCUUAGAAAAUACUACUCAAACGAUCUCAAGGAUGGUCCAAACAAGGUUUUCUUGGCCGACAUUCUAUCCGUGCUGGCGAUGACCAUGGGCGAUGAGGACAACUGCGAGAGUCUCCGAUUCAAGCUUCGCGGCUCGAAGGACCCCCCGCAUUUGUGGGGGCACGAAUAUGUGCGUCAUCUUGCUGGCGAGAUUGCCACCGAGUUCCGUACACUCACGGACAUUCUAGAUGAAAUGCAGGUCGAUGGAGAACCGGCCCCGUCGACAGAGACGGAUGGUGACGCAGACAAGUUUAUCCUUGCGCCCGCGACAAUCGACGAAAUCCAUGCACUUGUCAGUGAAAUCGUCCCGUUUCUCAUUUCUUCCAAUGCCGAACCGGAGGCUGUCGACCUACUGAUGGAAGUCGAAUCCCUCAACAAGCUUGUCGUCCACACUGAUGAACACAACUAUUCACGAGUGUGUUUGUACCUCAAGUCUUGCUCGGACUACGUAACUGAUCAGGACGAAGCCGGAGAAGUUUUAAAAGUUGCUUCUGAGAUCUACGAGAAGGUUGGCAAGCGGCCGGAGGCAAUGGAGGUGGCCAUUCGGCGCGGCGACCUAGACGUCAUCAAAAGAAUCUAUACCGGUGCCUCGAAGGACUCUGAUUACCAUGUCAGACUGCAGCUGGCUUUUGAUUUAGGGCGUGCUGGUAUUUUGUUGGAUGAGGACGUCGAGGACGAUGACGAUCUUCGAACAGCCAUGAGUAACAUCAAGCUCUCUGAGCAAUUUUUGCAUCUUGCGAAGGAUUUGGAUGUCUUGGAACCCAAAGUACCUGAAGACAUCUACAAAACGCAUCUACUAGACUCACGUUUACCCUCAGUUGCAGCAAACGAGUCAGCCAGAACAAACUUGGCGAGCACUUUCGUUAACGCUUUCGUCAACAUGGGCUUUGGCAAGGAUAAGCUGAUGAUGGAUUCCAGUAUUCGAUGGAUAUACAAAAACAAGGAACACGGUAUAAUGUCAGCGACCGCAUCCUUAGGUAUGAUUAUGCUAUGGGAUGUCGACGGUGGUCUCGCAGACGUUGAUAAGUACAUGCAUGCGAAACAAGAUUACGUGCGUGCCGGCUCGUUGCUAUCGAUUGGUAUUCUCUCUGCAAAUGUUCGCCAUGAAAUGGAUCCAGCGUUGGGGCUGUUGUCGGACGACGUGACCUCGGCGAUUCCCUCAAUUCGUCACGGUGCUAUUGCCGGAUUGGCUAUGGCAUAUGCUGGCACGAACAAACAGAAGGUCAAGGAGGUUGUUUUACCGGUGCUCAUGGAUCCGAAGAUGCCCGAAGACACUGCUUCAAUCGCCGCAUUGGCUCUGGGCCUUGUGUAUAUAGGUUCCGGUGACGAAGAUCUGUCAAUGGAGCUGUUGCAAGUGCUUUCCGAUAGAAAGGAAUCCUAUGAUACGUCGAAGGAACCUCUGCUGCCGAUCUUUUUACCGCUGGCACUCGGUUUCUUGUAUUUGGGCCGUCAAGAAGCUGCCGAGAUCGUCGUCGAAUUGAUUAAGGCCAUGGUGGGUGAAGAAUCUCUCAUCGGGCGAGUUACUUCAGUUACGCUUCAAGCAUGUGCUUACUGCAGCUCCGGGAAUGUCGAAAAAGUCCAAAAGUUCCUUGGGAUCUGCGGCGAGCACCCUGCCAAUGACAUCAACAAUGAUGAUGAAGUGGACGCCAAUGGUCAAGGGCAAGGUAACGGCAACCCCGAUGUCAGCACGGGUGCGAAUGGGUCGCGAUCUGAUGCCAGUAAUCAAGCUGGAAGCGAAGCCGAAGCCGCUGGAGACUCUGUUGGUGUUUCGAACGAUGACGACGGGUCAGAUACAUCACGGACAAUGAGCAGCGAAGAGACUUUGAGAAUUGCCACGGCUGAACAAGCUGUGGCGGUAUUAGGAUUAGCUAUGGUGUCGAUGGGCGAAGAGCUCGGGGCAGAAAUGCUUAUCCGCACAUUUGAUCACCUUCUGCAAUAUGGUGAUCCGGUCAUUCGAAGAGUGGUACCUCUUGCAAUCGGUCUAUUAAGUGUGAGCAAUCCAAAAAUAACGUUGAUGGAUCUACUGUCCAAGUUCACGCAUGAUUCGGACAUGGACGUCGCGCAGUCAGCUAUUUUUGCAUUAGGACUGAUUGGCGCCGGAACUAAUAACUCAAGGAUUGCUGGAAUACUGCGACAGCUUUCCGUAUAUUACUCGAAGGAACCCUCAUCCCUUUUCUUGGUUCGAAUCGCUCAAGGGGUGCUUCACGCUGGAAAGGGUCUUGUAACUAUGAGCCCAUUCUACGGUGACGGAAGGUUCCUCGAAAGCAAGACAGCUCUAGGAGGUAUAUUAACUGUGCUGUUUUCGUGUCUGGACAUGAAAGGUACUGUUUUUGGGAAGAAUCACUUCCUUCUCUACUUCUUGGCCUUGGCAACAAAGCCGAGGAUGGUUUUCACAGUGGACGAAAAGAUGGAAUUCAAAGAGACGAAUGUACGCGUUGGUCAAGCUGUGGAUACCGUGGGUCAAGCGGGACGGCCAAAGUCUAUCACAGGGUUCCAAACGCAUACAACUCCGGUUUUGCUUGCAGCUGGGGAGAGAGGCGAGAUGGCAACAGAGCAAUUCCUAACUAGUGCGGCAUCUUUGGAGGGUGUUGUAGUUUUGCGGAAAAAUCCUGAAUGGGUUGACGAAUCUGGCCUAGCCGAGGCUGCCGCAGCCAUGACUAAACCUGUAGACACACCAAUGGACAUUGGCUCAUCGUCUGGAGCGGGCGCAUCAGGGCCAGCAAGUACAGAUCCGGCACCGGCCAAUGCAAAAGCAAGUUGA